AUGCUCAUCCUGACAACUCAUCAUACACCGUUUCGACACAUGCUCUGUGACCAGGAACACAACAACGGCGGCAUUGCCAGAGUCUUUGGUCGCCCCAAGAUUCUGAAAGUGGUUUUCGAGGAAAAUUCUCGCGAUGGAGAGUUCUACGACACCUACGAAGGCACCAAGAGAAUCGCGGCCAAGUCGGGAAUCUACACAUUCCGCGAACAUUUGAAUAAGAAGAAAGUGUGGGAAGAGCAUCGCCCGAUUUCAUGGGCCUCGCAUUAUCAUACAGACAACGACUCGGAGGGUUUUGCACCAAACCCAAAUCUCUCUCUCAACGUUGGGAUCAAGCAUCCUCCCCCCUGGAUGUUCAAGUUCGUCGCGCUAUUUGGCUUGCUCGUCCAGUGUGGCGUACUUGCUUACGCUGGCUUGGUCACCUAUUGCUUGCGAUGGGAUAAGGACGGGUUGGUAGUUCCUGGAUACGGAUUCCCUGUUUACACUAGUGGGACACUACUCCUCUCCAUAGGAAUGUUUCUUUGCGCAUGUCUGAUUGAAAUGAGCACGAAAGAGCGCAUCUUCAGGAAGCGCCCGGAUAGCAAUCGGAUGUUUUUUUACUGGAUUCAGCCUGGCAACCAAGUUAUCGGCGACCAGGUCUUUGGCUCAUUCGCUCACUGUGAUAAGAGAGCGCCUUUGACGCAUUACAUCACGUCUAUGGCCGGAUUUCUCUUGCAGUUCAUUGGCUCCCGAGCUUCGCAUUCAUCCAUUGCCGUUGUCCAGCUCGGGGUCACACUGGUUAUGUCCGGGAUUCGGGCAUCACUCCGUUCCAGGCGUCUACACAAACAUGACAAUCUCAUGGGUUUUGAUCCGGAUAGAUAUGAAGGGUAUGAGUUGGAUUGGCUCGCCUCCACCAUGGCGAUCAACUCUUUUGAAGUUCUCAUUGCCGGCCGAUCCCUUGACAGUGAUAUGGAAGAUAUCAUCGAAAAGCUGUCCGAAUUGGGUCUUUCUAUUAUCAAGAAGCGUCCGACGGGUCAGACCAGUGAGAAUGUGCCUGUUAUGUGGGGAGUCAUCCAGGAUCUCUGCCAUCAAGAACGAAAAUGA